GAUUUCAUUUCCUUUCCUUUCCGAGAACCAAAGGCACGUGACUCAACCCGUUGUUGCACGACAUGCCGUGCGCCAAGAGAAAACCCAGCCUUCAAAAUUCCCCAGUUCUGUGUUUGGCGGGUCUAGGUUCGCAGAGAUAGAGACUCUUCUUCGUCUCGGUCUGAACUCUGAUGAGCUCAAGGGGCAUUCUGCAUACCAUGAAUGGCAAUGGUGUCUCAUCUGAUGAAGUCAUUGCCAAGCUGCUUGAAAUGGGUUUCGAGAAUUCCAGUGCCGUGGAGGCUGUAAAAGAAGUAGGGCCAUCAUUUGAUGAUGCAUUGGAGUUUAUAUUGAAUGGUUGUUGUAGAAGCAAUCAGAGAGCAUUGAGUAGUUCUAGAUGUUCUACAAGCCAGGCAAAGGCUCCAGAGAAAAGAGCUUUGCCCUCCUCAAAACCGUUGGGUCAAAUUCGGCAGUCUAGCAUACUGGACCAUUUCCAAUCCUCGAGUGGACCUAAGCGGAGGAGGACUCAUGUGUUACCUGAUGUACCUGUAUCAGAAAUGGUGCGUGGUCCUGUAGAACAAGGUGUGGAACCUCUUUCUGGUGUGGAUAGCAUUGAAGUUUUAUCAGAAUCAUCUCUGGUUGAUUGCCUUGACAUUCGAUCAGAUUGGGAGAAGAAAGUCAGCAGUCUCUUGCAAAAGCAUUUUGGUUUUCUAUCAUUAAAACCUUUCCAGAAGGAGGUCUUAGCUGCUUGGUUGGCUCACCAAGAUACACUUGUUCUUGCUGCUACAGGAUCUGGAAAAUCUUUGUGCUUCCAGAUUCCAGCAUUGUUGACAGGGAAAGUGGUUGUUGUGAUUUCACCAUUGAUAAGCUUGAUGCACGAUCAGUGCUUAAAGCUGGCAAAACAUGGGGUUUCUGCUUGCUUUCUUGGAUCUGGACAACCUGAUAGUACUGUGGAAAAUAAAGCAAUGAGAGGCAUGUACAACAUAAUAUACGUUUGCCCUGAGACAAUAUUAAGACUGAUAAAACCACUCCAAAAGUUAGCAGAAAUACGUGGGAUUGCUCUUUUUGCAAUUGAUGAAGUGCAUUGUGUUUCAAAGUGGGGCCAUGAUUUUCGGCCUGACUACAGGAGAUUGUCUGAGUUGCGAAAGAACUUCAGUGCUAACAAUUUAAAAUUCUUAAAAUUCGAUAUACCACUGAUGGCAUUAACUGCUACCGCCACAAUUCAGGUUCGUGAAGACAUUCUUAAGUCAUUGUCCAUGUCAAAGGAAACAAAAGUUGUGCUUACUUCAUUUUUCCGGCCGAAUCUAAGGUUCAGGGUACAGCAUAGUAGAACAUCAACAUCAUCAUAUGAGAAUGAUUUUUAUGACUUGAUAGACAUGUAUACGGGCAAGAGAGGAAAAGGUGAAAAGAAACAAAUGAUCAUCUCAGAAGAAGUAAACGAAGCGCUGGACAGCUCAUCUAACAGUAGUAUGUCAGAGGCUGAUUGCAUUUCAGAGCAUGAUUUGGACAAUAUCGAGGAUGGUAAUUCCGACAGAUAUGAUGAAGCAAGUUCACUCCAGGAAAAUGGUUCAAGUGCUUCAAAGGGAAGGGAGCUGUCAGUUGACUACUUGGAAAAUGAUGUUGACAUCUUUCAGAGUGUUAAUGAUUGGGAUGUUAGCUGUGGUGAAUUCUGUGGACUACCUCUUUGUGAGGACUUGAAUACUAGAAAAGAAACUACAUCGGAGGUACUUGAUCCGCUGAGUCAACCAGAAGAAAGACUGAGACUUCUGCAACAGCCCCUAGAGAAAGGAUCAACGAUCAUAUAUGUUCCUACGAGAAAACAAACGUUGAAAAUUGCAACUUAUCUUUCCAAGUGUGGAGUGAAGGCUGCUGCCUAUAAUGCAGGGUUGCCAAAAUCACGUCUGAGGCAGGUCCACAAGAUGUUUCAUGAAAAUACAUUAGAGGUUGUUGUGGCAACAAUUGCUUUUGGAAUGGGAAUUGACAAGUUAAAUGUCCGAAGAAUCAUCCACUAUGGUUGGCCACAGAGUUUGGAAGCAUACUAUCAAGAAGCUGGUCGAGCGGGAAGGGAUGGAAAAUUAGCUGACUGCAUUUUAUUUGCAAACCUAACAAGACCACCAUCACUUUUACCGAGUCGAAGAAGUGAAGAGCAGACAAAGCAAGCAUAUAAAAUGUUGUCUGAUUGUUUCAGGUAUGGAAUGACUUCCUCAUGCUGUCGGGCUAAAAAACUUGUGGAGUACUUUGGGGAGGAUUUCAGUUAUGAGAAGUGUCUCUCGUGUGAUGUCUGUGUUAACGGACCUCCAGAAAUGCAGAAUUUCAGAAAGGAGGCAGAUGUCUUGAUGCAGGUUAUUGCUGCUCAAAAUAGACAAAGCAGAUACAGGAAUGAUUCAUAUGAUGAUGCCAUGAGUAGUGAUAUUAGACGUGAGAGCUAUAUGGGGAGACUCAAUCUCAGAAUGAUUGUCAGUAAAAUAAGAGAGCAGUCCCAACAGUUCAUGGCAACUGAGCUGCUUUGGUGGCAAGGUCUUCUCCGAAUUAUGGAAGGUAAAGGGUUUGUCAGAGAGGGAGAUGAUAAGAGACAUGUUCAAUUGAAGUUCCCCAAGCUAACAGAACUCGGCCUGGAGUUUCUGCGAUCUGAAAAGGAGAAAACUUUCUAUGUUCACCCUGAAGCUGAUAUGCUGCUCUCAAAAAGCAUGCCCAAAUCUUUCUCAACUUUCUCAGAGUGGGGAAAAGGCUGGGCUGAUCCUGAGAUUCGACGCCAGCGGUUAGAGAGUUUUCGACACAACAGAAGCCCACAAAGCUCUUUUGGUAAAAGAGGAAAACGAAAAUCACGAAAGAGAAAAUCAAGUGCAAGUAGUCAAAGUGUUAGAACUGUUCGAGGUAGAAUAGAGGCUAAACUCUCCAAACAAAGUAUCAGACCAAGGUCAUCGAAUCAAUAAAAUGUCUGUAAUUAGCAUGUAGAGUAUAUAGUAGCUUUCGACAAAAUACAUAACGGAUCCUGUAUGAUUCGAUAAGCAAUUAUUCACAUCAAAGUUUCCCAUCUUAUGGUUA